AUGGGUGACAGGGGUGCCUCAAAGCCGGGCUAUGGCUCCAUCUCCAGCCCGCCAAGCCCAGGGCCAGAGCAAGCACCUCCCGGAGGAACCUACUUGAGCGAGAAGAUCCCCAUCCCAGACACAGAAUCGCUGCUCUGGGUCCUGCUCUGGGCCACUGUGUUGGGCUUGCUGUGCCAGCGACUGGCUGCCCGGCUAGGUGUGGUGACGGGAAAGGACUUGGGGGAGAUCUGCCACCUCUACUACCCUAAGGUGCCCCGAAUCCUCCUCUGGCUGACCAUGGAGCUAGCCAUCGUGGGCUCCGACAUGCAGGAGGUCAUCGGCACAGCUAUCGCGUUCAACCUGCUCUCAGCCGGACGAAUCCCGCUCUGGGGGGGCGUCCUCAUCACCAUCGCGGACACCUUCUUCUUCCUCUUCCUCGACAACUACGGACUGCGGAAGCUGGAAGCGUUUUUUGGACUCCUCAUCACCAUCAUGGCCUUGACCUUUGGCUACGAGUACGUGGUGGCGCGGCCCGAGCAGGCAGCCCUGCUCCGGGGCCUGUUCCUGCCCUCGUGCCCGGGCUGCGGCCAGGCCGAGCUGCUGCAGGCCGUGGGCAUCGUCGGCGCCAUCAUCAUGCCCCACAACAUCUACCUGCACUCGGCCCUCGUCAAGUCGCGAGAGAUAGACCGGACGCGCCGUGCGGACGUCCGCGAAGCCAACAUGUACUUCCUCAUUGAGGCCAGCAUCGCCCUGUGCGUCUCCUUCAUCAUCAACCUCUCGGUCAUGGCCGUCUUCGGGCAGGCCUUCUACCAGCAAACCAACCAGGCCGCGCACAGCUUGUGCGCCAACAGCAGCUUGCACAGCUACGCCAACACCUUCCCGGCCGACAACCGCACGGCGUCCGUGGACAUCUACCGAGGAGGCGUGAUCCUGGGCUGCCUCUUCGGCCCCGCAGCGCUCUAUAUCUGGGCUGUGGGUCUCCUGGCGGCCGGGCAGAGCUCCACCAUGACCGGCACCUACGCGGGACAGUUCGUGAUGGAGGGUUUCCUGCGGCUGCGCUGGUCUCGCUUUGCCCGGGUGCUCCUUACCCGCUCCUGUGCCAUCCUGCCCACCGUGCUCGUGGCUGUCUUCCGGGACCUGAGGGACCUGUCCGGCCUAAAUGACCUGCUCAACGUGCUGCAGAGCCUACUGCUGCCCUUUGCGGUGCUGCCCAUUCUCACAUUCACCAGCAUGCCUGCCCUCAUGCAAGAGUUCGCCAAUGGCCGGCUGAGCAAGGCUGUGAGUGUCUCCAUCAUGGCUCUGGUCUGUGCCAUCAACCUCUACUUCGUGGUCAGCUACCUGCCCAGCCUCCCUCACCCUGCCUACUUCGGCCUCGUGGCCCUGCUGGCUGCCGUCUACCUGGGCCUCACGACCUACCUGGUCUGGACUUGCUGCAUUGCACAUGGAGCAGCCUUCCUGGCCCACAGCUCCCACCAGCGCUUCCUGUAUGGGCUCCCUGAAGAGCAGCUGGAGACUGGCGAGACCAACCGAUGAUCCCCUGCAUGCGGCUUGGCUUGGGAGGCUUCGAGGGCGGAGCAGACUGGCCUGCUGCACAGCAGGAUGGAGUGGGAGAGUGUAGGAGCCAGGCCAACCUGGGGCCCUUAGGGUCCUCUGGUUUCCCAGGUUACACAGCUGAGGACCCUCCGGACCUCAGUGUCCUCAUCUGUAAGAUGGGCACAGCACCAGCCUUGCCACUGAUGUGAGUGCCCAGCACUUGGGACUUUUUUAUUUUUUUUAAAUCACUCCUAGAUACUUAUUGAUCGCCAUAUAGGAGUGACCGCACAGAUCCAUAGGGGUCGGGGUGGGGGGUGGCACAGGCUCCUAACUUAAAGUCUGAUGAGUGAGAAAUAAAUGCCAGCUCACUUCUCAUCCCAAAGGCCUGGGAAAAGA